AUGGCGCUCUUGGCUGACAUUCUUAAUGACGUGGCCAUGUUCAUGGAGAUUGCAGCCCCUCAUUUCCCUCCUUUUUUCCCACUCUUAAUUGUCUGCAUUGCUGGAAUAUUUAAGUCCAUUGUAGGAGUUGCUGGUGGAGCAACAAGAGCUGCCUUAACUGUCCAUCAAGCUCGCAGAAACAACAUGGCCGAUAUCUCCGCCAAAGAUGGGAGCCAGGAAACCCUGGUGAACCUGGCAGGACUGCUGGUCAGCCUUGCACUUAUCCCGCUUGUAACAGAUAACCCAUUGUUGACGUUCUUCCUGUUCACUGUUCUCCACCUGUUUGCCAAUUACAAAGCGGUUCGUUCUGUUGUUAUGGAAAUGCUUAACGAGGCUCGCUUGUCCAUAGUCCUCCAUCAGUACCUACUUGAUGGUCAACUGCUCAGUCCAGUGCAGGCCAAUCAGGAGCCCAUGUUCUUAAGGACAGUUCCCAUAAAUUUGGGUGUGAAGCUUGGAGACAUUGUUCAAGAGCCAGGAGAUCUGCAGCUGGCGUUGAAGAACAACAACAAACCGUAUCUCAUUGGAAUCAAAAAUGGUACAGUCUGUGUUAUUCUGGGAAGCGAUGCUUCAGUGUAUGAUGAAAUCAUGGCAGCAUGUCAGGCCUUGUGUCUUCGUGCUGUGCUGCACGAUGUGUCCUCUCUGAGUGAAGCACUCAAGCAGCUCUCAAGCACUAAGGAUGUGUUGUACUGGUAA